AUGUCGUGCCACCACCUGUCCUACCCCGUCGCAUUCAGCAAGGUCGACGCCGAGGUGGCCUUCCUCGUCGGGGCCUUUGGACACAUGGGCCUGAAGGAGUUCAUGCGCCCCGUCCCCGGUGUCGUCGGCCUGGGUGACACAAAACCCUGGCUGUGGGUUUCUGGCCUCGAGGACCGUCAGCCCAUUCCUGAUGAUGCGAAGGUCUUGAGAAAUCAUUUGGCUCUGGAAGCGAAAGAUCGCGCCCAGGUCGACGCAUUCCACGCUGCGGCUCUCAAGGCCGGCGGGACGGACAACGGAGCACCAGGUGUACGGCCUGAAUACCACCCGCACAACUACUACGCCGCUUUUGUCAUCAGUCCCGGCGGCCACAACAUUGAAUGUGUCAUCUACAGCCCUCGCCCGGAGGAGGAGAGUGGUGCGGCGGCGAAUUGA